UUUUGGCACCACAACACAACCCCCCCACCCCACCACUCUUCUCCCUAUCGCACUCCACCUCCCCGAGACGCGACGCGAGCACGAGCAGCGCGGCGGCCCAACUCCCGAGGUGGUGUAAAGCCUUCUCCUCUCCGCUACCUUCUUCCAAGAUCGCGUUCCUGCUCUCUGAAUUCGCGCUUGCUUUCUUGGGGGGCGCCGCCGCGGCGGAGUUGGGUUUGACCGGCCGGUGAUGGGGAAGGGCGGCGGCUGCGUCCCCAGCAAGAAGCGGCAGCCGCCGGCCAGCACCGUCGCCGGCGCGCCGUCGUCGUCGUCGGCGCCGCGCGACGCCCCCGAGGCGGAGGCGUCGGGGGAGGCGGCCGGGGGGCGGCGGAGGCUGCGGCUGUACAUCGUGUUCUACUCGAUGUACGGGCACGUGGAGGCGCUGGCGCGGCGGGCGGCGGCGGGCGUCGCGGCGGUGGACGGGGUGGAGGCGGUGCUGCGGCGCGUCCCCGAGACGCUCCCGCCGGGCGUGCUGGAGAAGAUGCAGGCGCCGGCCAAGGACCCCGCCGUCCCGGUCAUCGCGGCGGCGGCGGACCUGGAGGAGGCCGACGGGGUGCUGUUCGGGUUCCCGACGAGGUACGGCGCCAUGGCCGCGCAGAUGAAGGCGUUCUUCGACUCCACCGGCUCCCUCUGGGAGAAGCAGAAGCUCGCCGGAAAGCCCGCCGGGUUCUUCGUCAGCACCGGCACGCAGGGAGGCGGCCAGGAGACCACCGCUUGGACGGCAAUCACCCAGAUAGUGCACCAUGGAAUGCUCUUUGUCCCGAUUGGCUACACCUUCGGGUCAGGCAUGUUCAAGAUGGAUGAGAUCAGAGGAGGCAGCCCCUAUGGCGCUGGCGUCUUCGCUGGUGAUGGCAGCAGACAGCCCAGCGAGACGGAGCUCGCCCUAGCCGAGCACCAGGGCAAGUACAUGGCCUCCAUAGUGAAGAAGCUUGCCCAGGCUUGAGCCUAGAAGAAGUUGAAUCCUCCCACGACGCCACUGUGCAGUCCAAACUCCACACGAUCGUCCAGUCGCCAUUGAUUUCCCCCUAUUGGUUUUUCUUCUUCUAUAUGUAAUGUGCACAGCCUGAUGAUCCUCAGAUCGUCGUCGUAUUUGUUCGUCACAGAUUUAUCUGUAAAUUGUUGACAUAAAACAUUGUUUGGUGUCCAGUUGAACACUAAGUGUGCCAUACGGUGUUGAUCGAAAUAACAUACAUCACUUGCCAUAGAUUUGUUAUGCAGAACUCUGUUUCUGUAUCCAGAACUUUGUUUCUGUAUCAUGAAUGAAGGGAAUGCACAUGCUUGUACA